UGGCGCAGCUGCGGACUCCGAGGCGGCGGCGGCAGAGGCGCGCGCUUCCUGCAGUGCCCGCGCCCCGACCGACAUGCGGCGUCCGGACGCCAAGGUAGUGCUGCUGGGCGGCGCGAGCGUGGGCAAGACCUCGCUGCUGCGGCGCUACACGGAGCGGCGCUUCCCCGACUCGGUCAGCACCGUGGGCGGCGCCUUCUACCUGAAGCCCUGGCGCGCGCUGCACCUGUCCAUCUGGGACACCGCAGGGCGGGAGCAGUUCCACGGCCUGGGCUCCAUGUACUGCCGGGGGGCGGCUGCUGUCAUCCUCACAUACGAUGUGACGCACCUGCAGAGCCUGGUGGAGCUGGAGGACAGGUUCCUAGGCCUGACUGACUCUGCCAACAAGGACUGCCUGUUCGUCAUCGUGGGCAACAAGGUGGACCUCACGGAGGAGGCUGGGGAGGGCGAUGCGCACGGCCUGGGGCAGGCAGGUGGCGCCCGUGCCUGUCCCCGGGUGCCCAAGCAGGUGUUGCGGGAGGACGCGGUGGCCCUGUACAAGAAGAUCCUCAGGUACAAGAUGCUGGACGAGAAGGAUGCACCAGCCGCCGAGCACAUGUGCUUUGAGACCAGUGCCAAGACCGGGCACAAUGUGGAUCUGCUGUUCGAGGCCGUGUUUGACAUGGUGGUGCCCAUGGUCUUGCAGCAGAAGGCGGAGGAGCCGGUGGAGACCGUGGACCUCACGGGCCACAAGCCCCCCAAACAGGCCAGACCUCGGUGCUGCUCCUGAGCCGCCGAGGGCUCCCCGAGAGGGGUACGGGGAAUUGGGGGUCAGCCAAACAACGCACUGAGGAGGAUGGUGGAGAGGGGUGACCGCAGGUCAGCAAUGGCCACUGUGCGUGGACGACACCCACGCUCCCCAUCCCGGGCCCUGUGCACCCCGGCCCCACUGUGACUCUUGUCCUUGCACCGUGAAGCCUGUGGUCGGGCGCUGUGUGGCACCUGCCUGCACCGCGUGGUCACCGAGCCGCUUACCUCUGUUGGCUGCUGCUGUCCUCACACGUUUCUCCACAGCGACGCUUCCCAGGCCUCCCCGCACUUGGCGUCUAGAGUAAUGGAUCUCCACGUCUGUUUGUACAGUUGGGAAUGAUUCUUAUAUUGGUGGAAGCAGUGUGGGCCAUAUGUAGUAUUAAAAUUGAUUGUGGGCAAAGCGUUGGCGGUAGGUCUGCUGGUUUGCACCCAAAGAGA